CAAAUCGCAAGCAACAGUGAGCCUUGUCGCCUCUGGACUUAUCCACCAACCGCUGCCUUCACCAGCGCCAACAGGCUUCCCCCAAGGCACACAACGUCCACAGUCGGCAGUAACACAGCCCCCGUCUUUGGUCAGGGUCAAUACCUUACCAAUUCGUACCCAUCAGCAACCUCAACGCCAUUUACAACGAACAGCGACUGUGUAUACACCCUCCAAUCAACAUGUGAAGCAUUUGAGCUUCCCAACAAAUGGACACCCGCAAUCUCCAGCUAUGAGCAGUCCCACAGGCUCAACAACACCAUUGACAGCCGACUCCAUACUCGAAACUUCGGCUCCGGCAGUCAAACAGGAAUCCCGUCAAAUGUCUCUGUCUAUACCUGUCUUAUUUGUAGCACAGGGCAGACCCUAACCCACUUCUGUGUCUGGUGCUAUACGUCCGGCUCAGCCGCCACGUCUCACAACCACGAUAAAGCCUUCUUCCUCAUCCUCUUACCUGCCAAUCCCGAGGUAUCCGCAAAUCUUUGGACGAUACGGCGGAAUGUGUUUGGCACAAUUUGGUACAUGCACAAAGCUACAGGACAACGCACACACGUGAAGCCAAAUCCAGGCGCAGUCCUCCGGUCAGAAGGUCUACCCGCCGGGUGGGCUGAGCACAACUCGCCGGAAGGACGUAUAUACUUCUUCAAUGGCACGACAGGAGCCAGUAGGUGGGACAGGCCACCCGGCUCCCUUCCCAAUGGUUGGAAAGCGCUACGGACACCAGACAUGGCUCCUUUUUAUGUUAAUGAAGCGCUGGGACUCUCCACUUGGGACCGCCCAGGAGAACCGCCGAAGCCGAAUCAGUCGCCCGCGCAGUCUCCAGCUUCCAAAUCCUCAAAGCCCAAAUCUGCGGCUGCAGUAAAAUCCGCAUCCACCGUGGGUGCGGCAGACACCACCCGUGCGGUUGUAGCUCCAAAGCCAGCCGGUGCUCCAAAGACAGCUGGUGGCGGAAUGUCCAAGAUGUUCGGUAAAUUGGGCAAUGCGCGGAACAUCAUGAAGGUUGCUAAACUUGGUAUGAAACUUGCCGAAGGAGACUUCGAGGGAGCAGCAGAGUCUGGACUCGAAGGUGACGAGGAUGGCGAUGAUGAUGAGGAACUAGACGAGGAGCAAGAGGAAGAAGAGGUUGAGACGGAUGAAGUUGGGUCUGGUGGGGCCGCAGGCGAUGAUUCUUUGAGCCAACCAACCCAGCCAUUUCAGCAGACAGCUUAUCAUGAACAAGCCAUGGCCCAGCAACCUGUCUCUGAUCAGACACCUUAUGCACAGCCCGCUUAUGAGCAGCAAGCCUAUGAACAGCCUCUGUAUGGGCAGCCCGUUGGGGAACAACCACUCUACGGGCAACCUGUCUACGAGCAACCCAUGCCCCUGACUCAACAGUCCGGCUUUGAACACGGCCAACCUACUCUUUUUCCAGGUCAAGAAGGCUACCCACCAGAAAUCUUACAGCAAAACUUUCAACAACAGCCACACAUUGUGGAUCACCAGGUUUUAUGCGAGCAAACUACCACGUUUCCGCCGUUGCAUAGCGAACAGCCAAUAGUUUAUGAGCAGACCGAUACAUAUCUACAAUCAUCCUACCAACAGCCGACGGUACCAAUAUCCAGCCCGGAAGCAUACGAUCAACCUUAUCUUCCGGGAGGCGAGCAACCAUUUUUCCAGCCACAGGAAAUCCUAGCCCCGGCUUCGAUUCCAGAGCAGCCCGUUUUCAUGGAACAACAACAACAACUUCAGUAUCCUGAAGGCUUGACGACUGCUCCUCUCGCAGAACCUGCGGUUAUCACCAGUGGAGAUAUGAGUCAACAAUCGGCAAUACCAAUGACUUUCCAAGGCCCUCUGCCACCAGAAGCAAUGAAUGCAACUUGUGGUCCAAGUGAAGAGCCAGCUCCGGAUCAAUUCCAGGUGUACGCCAACCCGGGAUCAGACAUGAAAAUGCCUUCAGUGUCUGUAACUUCACAGCCUGAUCAAUCGGCAAUGAUGGAGCCAUCUGCCGAACCUUUUCAUCCCUCGUCCUUGCAACCUCUUACACCAGAACCAGUUACCAUGAAUGAAACCGGACUACCGGUAGGGGCUCAUCCUAUCUCGGUUACGCCAACGUGGAUAGGGCUG